ACAAAAACCCAACGUGUAUUGGGCUUCUCAAUCUCCCUGUCCCCCUGAUCAUCUAUCAAUCAGAAUAUUCAAAGCCGAAGAAAAUAAAAGCAACGUCUCACUGAAUCAAACCCCAUUUCUUCACGACCAAAACAACGAAAAAGCAGAAACACAAAAAGAUGAGCGAUCAGAUUGCAAAAGGCGUAGAAUUCGAGAAGAAAGCCGAGAAGAAGCUCACUGGCUGGGGCUUGUUCGGCUCUAAACACGAAGACGCCGCCGAGCUCUUCGAAAAAGCAGCUAAUUGCUUCAAACUCGCCAAGUCAUGGGAUCAAGCCGGAGCUGUGUAUGUGAAGUUGGCACAGUGUCAUAUAAAGCUGGAUAGCAAACAUGAAGCUGCUGGUUCAUAUGCCGAUGCUGCGCAUAGUUAUAAGAAGACUAAUACCAAAGAAGCCAUAAAUUGUCUAGAACAAGCAGUAAAUCUAUUUAUGGAGAUCGGAAGGCUCAGCAUGUCAGCAAGAUAUUAUAAGGAAAUUGCUGAAUUAUGUGAGCAGGAAGAAAACUUGGAGCAGGCUAUGCAUUUCUAUGAUAAAGCAGCUGAUCUUUUUCAAAGUGAAGAUGUAUCAUCUUCUGCAAACCAGUGCAAACAGAAGAUUGCUCAGUUUGCUGCUCAGCUUGAGCACUACCAGAGAGCAAUCGACAUAUACGAGGACAUAGCACGGCAGUCACUAAACAAUAACUUGUUGAAGUAUGGAGUUAGAGGUCAUCUUCUUAAUGCUGGCAUUUGCCAGCUUUGUAAAAAGGAUGUUGUUGCAAUUACCAAUGCUUUGGACCGAUAUCAGGAACUGGAUCCUACUUUCUCAGGAACACGAGAAUAUAAGUUGCUUGCGGAUUUGGCGGGUGCAGUAGAUGAAGUAGAUGUCGCGAAGUUUACUGAUGCAGUCAAGGAAUUUGAUAGCAUGACUAAACUGGAUGCUUGGAAGACAACCCUCCUGUUGAGAGUGAAGGAAUCGCUCAAGGCCAGGGAAGAAGAAGAUGAGGAUGAAGAUCUUACUUAAUUAUGUGUGUGAUUGAUAAUGCACGAUACUGCAAUUUUUAACGAUUACUAUCGCCAUAUUUACCUUCUUAUGGUUAUUGAUGUACAUCGCACAAUUAUGUCCACUUUGGUGUGAAUCAGUGAGAGUGAUGUUAUUUUGUUCUGA